UCCGUCUUUAAUAUGAAAUCAGACUCAUGAGGUUGGAUUAUUGUAUUUUAGAAUUUAAGACCGACUUCUUUGCAAAUGUGCACAAUUUCAAAGAUGUAUUUAUUAAAAGGCUUCAAUUCUUUCUGUUGUUUUUCUUGUAUAUUUGAUCAAAGUUCUCUGAACCUGUCUGAGUUCAAGUUGCCGAAAACCGUAUUUCCUGUGAAAUGACUCCCCCUCAGAAUCAUCUCAGUUUCUCCCUUGAAGAAUCUCAAAGAAGGAAGGCUGAGACCAGCAGGAGCUGAGCACGCCGCCACGCAGAAUGGAAGGAAUCAUGUGGCAGAAACAGAAAAGGCCGUCAGUGCUCCGUCAGGUUUCCCAAACAGCUUCCAGAUUGCAGCGAGGAAGUGCAGAGAGCAGGGCCGCCAUUGCUGUGUGCAAAGAAGAGGCAGAGACAAAUCAUUCUCCCUCAUCAUCUUCACCAAGGUCCAACCUGCAUCUCCCUCUGAGAGGAGACGAUCCACAGACGUCGUCAGUGGAGGCCAGGCUUCAUGAUGGACAUCUCCAUUCAGACCACAGACACGAGGACAGAGGCAUCGCCCAGUUCAGAGUCCAGCAGGACAUUGUUCAGUACAUGGAGCGUCAGCUUGCUCUGGAGAAGCAGAAACUUGUUGCGAUGCAGCUUCAUCUCUCUGAGCAAAAAUACUCAGAGCUGAGGGCAGCCUCGGGGGGGUCCUACAGCCUUCCUCUUUUUCUGCACCAGCCUAACGGAGCCAAUGAAGGACGGACUCACUAUCGGGACGUCAAACAGCUGGAAGAGUUAGCCCAACACGGCUUUGCCAUUGCCAGUUCUUCUCAUCUGCAGCCAGAUUUGGUGCCAAGUAUUGAAUUCUACAAGUACAACAACAUCAGGCCUCCGUACACCUAUGCAUACCUGAUAAGAUGGUCCAUCCUGGAGUCUCCAGACAAACAGCGCACGCUGAAUGACAUCUACAACUGGUUCACCAGCAUGUUCUUCUACUUCAGACAUAACUCUGCCACUUGGAAGAAUGCAGUGCGGCACAACCUGAGCCUUCACAAGUGCUUCGUGCGAGUGGAGGGAGGAAAGGGAGCGGUGUGGACGGUGGACGAGCGAGAAUACCAGAGGAGGAAAGGGCAGAAAUACCACAGGCUGGCUGUGGCUUCUCAUGGAGGUUACCGCCCACUCACCUGUGGUUCUCCGUGGGGCGGGGCACAGCCGCCUGCACGUCGCUUCAUUUGUUUGAGCGUUGUUUGAGACUGUGUCCAGAUUCCCUCACUACUCACUGCAUAGAAUUCCUUCUCUAAUCUGUCAUGUUCAGUUCAUUAGAAAUUUCCCAGAAGUCUCUGUCAAUAAACAUUGUGCUUACUUUGGCAAAUGUAGACCACAAUGCAUUGCGUUUUAACAACUUUUAAUUCUACAAGAAUGUAUGUAAAUGUAUUUUUAUAAAUCCUCCAAGUUGUCAUCAUCUGGUGGAUUGAUAAAUGGUCUUCUUAAAAGUUCGUAUUUAAUAGGUUCGCACUUCAGUAAAUGGGUGAUGUCAUAUUUGGCGUUUAAAAAGCUACAAAGGAGUGAGCCAGUGGCAUCAAAAUUCACACUGAUAGUGUUUUAGUGGAAGGAAUUGAGGCACAGCCUCAGUGUUCCUGUUUGAGUCUUCAGUGUCUUGGUGUUCAGUUUACUGCUGCACUACACUGACCACAGUGGUGUGUCCUUUGCGUGUUUGUGCUUUCCUUUCACCUCAAACGUAGUGUUUUGUUAUUAAAUUACUGUACUUCAUGAAGCUUUUCCUGAUCUGUCCUGACGUAUUCUGAAUAUCUAUACAGAUUAUUUUGUGUUUACAUGGAGGUUGAACUUUGUCUUACAAUACAUUUUGUUCAUGCCAGCAUCUUUUUUUCUUUUCAUCACAACAGUAAAGUUGUAUUCACAUUUUAAUGAUAAGCAAAUUAUUGUUUAGAAUAGCUAUGAAUCUGGCCCUGCAUUGUGUACUAAUCAGGUCUUUUCAGAGGAAAUGCGUUGAAUCAAGUGUGCUAAACAAGAGGAAAAAACAGAAAAUGUGAAGGAAAGACCAUAAUUGGAAAAUGAAAACAUCCCACUAAUCAAUGCCUGAAAGUAUGUAAAGUUUAUCAAAUAUUAAAGAAUGAUUGG